GUCUCAGCCGCGGCGCCGCGCGCGGAGGGAGGGCGAGGCGGCCCCCCCCCGCUCGGCAGCGCGGCCAAUGGGCGGGCGAGCCGGGCUGUGGGCGGCGCGGAGCGGAGCUUGGCCCGGGCGGAGCCGGGAGACCCGCACACGGCGGCGGGACCUGCGGCAUGGCAGCCAAGUGCCCCCGGUGCGCCAAGACCGUCUACUUCGCUGAGAAAGUGACCUCUUUAGGCAAGGACUGGCACAAGUUCUGUUUGAAGUGUGAGCGCUGCAACAAGACCCUGACCCCUGGGGGCCAUGCUGAGCAUGACGGGAGCCCCUUCUGCCACAAGCCAUGCUAUGCAACAUUGUUUGGUCCAAAAGGUGUGAAUAUCGGUGGAGCUGGCUCCUAUAUCUAUGAGAAGCCUCAGAUGGAAGAGCAGCUGGCUUCUGGGCCCAUUGAGCAUGUUUCGAAGGUAGAAGAGAAGAAAGUCAGUGGCCCACCGAAGGCGCCCAGCAGAGCCUCCAGUGUCACCACCUUCACCGGGGAACCCAACAUGUGCCCGCGCUGUGGCAAAAGAGUCUACUUCGCCGAGAAGGUGACUUCACUGGGGAAGGACUGGCACCGCCCCUGCCUGCGCUGCGAGCGCUGCAGCAAGACUCUGACCCCUGGCGGCCACGCGGAGCACGAUGGGCAGCCAUACUGCCACAAGCCCUGCUACGGGAUCCUCUUUGGGCCAAAGGGAGUGAACACUGGAGCUGUUGGAAGUUACAUCUACGAUAAAGACCCUGAUGCAAAGGACCAGCCCUAAGGAGCUCGCUGCCUCCAUUCUGCCCGCCUGCCACAGGCCACUUGCACUGCUCCCUCUUUCCUCAGCUCCCCUCUCUAGAAGUAGCUUAGUUCCAGGAUGGCCAAGCCGUGCGCUGGAGCAGCCCUGAGCCUGGCUGGCCACAGAGCUGUGCUCCCUGCUGUUUGUAUUCUGGGUGGGGCGGCCCUGCCCUCUGGAUUUUAUAAUAUAAUAUAAGCUUUGAUGUUAGACAGAAGUAGAAAGUGUCUCUGGUCACUCCCAAUGUGCCUGACUCUCCUGAGCUCUCCCGUGGGGUUCCUUAUCCCCCAAGCCCUCUGCCCCCUGCCAGUCAUGGGAUGGAGGCUUCCUGGGCAUGACUGGUAUGCACCUGGCAUCGCAGUUCAUGGUAGCCCUCUCCAAGUGAGCCCAUCGGCAAGCCCUGGAUGAUGUGCAGCCAGUGCAGGUGCAUGCUGCACUGCAGGCUAGGGCAAGCUCAGUCCCAGCUCAUCCAUAUCUAACAGCAGCUCCUUUCACCACUGCGGUUCCUGUUGCAGCAGGAGGACAGAGCCCCUCUCCUCUUUCUGCCCCCCCCCUGUUAACAUGGUAUGGGGAGGGGGCGGGGUCAUGUGCCCCCUUUAGUUGGUGCCCCCCUUUGUGUCCCUCCCAUGAGUCACCCAGUCUUGAGCAAAUGGUCCGCCAGCCCUCCAGAGGGGUCUGCCCUAGGCCCAAUGGCUGCUGGCAUUCUGGGGAGGCCAGUCAGGAACAAAUGGCCCAUUGGCUGUGUAGGAUGGCAAUCUUGCACCUCAGAAACAGUUGUGUUAAGUGUGGGAGUCGAUCCAUAGGCAGGUGUUCUCUUCAAGCCCAGGGAGAUGGCUUUGGGCUCCAUUGUGCCCUCAGUCUGCGAGCUCUGUGCACACACCAUGUAGCUGCCCUCCUGCUCAUGUCCUUGCCUGGAGCCAUGGGCAGAGCCAGGGCACAGCAUCCUAGCUACUGGUGGGUUAUGAGGCCAUACGGCCUAUAUUCCUUUUAGUCCUGCUGUAGGUGACCACACCGGCCUUGUGCUGAUGAGCAUGGGUGUCUCAUUUCUGGUAUCUGUGCUCUCUGCUGUGUUGCUCAGGGCUAGCGCCUCCUUGGCCCUGACUCCCACCUGCCUGCCUUGUUCUCUGCAGCAGGUGGCAGAAUUGGGAGCUCGGGCUCUGGGAACAGCUGGGAUGUACACAUGUGAUGCCAGCCCCUGGUAUGUACACUGCAUGCCAUUCCCAACAGCUGCGAGCAACUUAGUGCACCCUCGGGGCUGCCUAAACAGCUGCUUCUCUGCACUGUGCUGCAAGGAGUGGUCAAUCCGUGUGAUCCCAAAUGUGUUAGCCGGGGUGCUGAGUUUGGCCUGGGAGCUGAGGGUGCUGCUGUGGGAGCACAUGUACCCCGGCCUGCACUGCCAGUGACACUGAACUUCGCAGUGCACUGUAUCCAAGACCAUGGGAGGGUCCCUGUGACAUGGGCCCUGCAGGGGAGGGAGAUAAAUGCUGGGGUCUGAGUCCAUGGCCCUAGCCCGUGUUGGAGGAGGGAGUGCAGGUCCCUUGUCUGUGCCAUACAGCACACUAUGGCCCUGGUGAGGGAAUGGGCUGGGAGGGGCUGGUGGGAGAGUCAGGGGGUGUUGGAACAAUGGCUGGAAGUUGGCUGAGUGGUGUGAAGUGUGCAGGGUUCCCACCUUUGCCCAUGUGGAGGAGACUGUUCAUGGUGUGUGUUUGGUUUUUAGUCUAUUUAUAAGUGGAUAGAAAUGUGCUUUCUGCUUCGGUGAAUGGUGUGCACUCCCCAGGUCACCCCCCAGAUCACUGCACUGGCCAUUCACACUGAUCCCCUAAGAGGGAAUUGAGAGCAAACCUGCAGAGCUUGCACUCUGCCUCUAGCCUGGCCAAUCACCCUAGGCUAACGUGACCUGCAGGGCUAGCUGCUGUGCUCCCACCAGCUACAGGCCAACCAGAACGCACCUGAAGCAAGCCAGCAAAACUGAUUUCCUGUUGUUAUUGCUGACUAUAAAAGUUUUGAACAACAAA